CGUCAAAGAAAAAGCAGGGGAGAGGGGCGGCACGAAUGCCGCGUGGAUGGGGAAAAGAUCACAGGAUGCUUGUAUUCACAUCGCCGGAUGGUAAAAGCAUCGUCGGACCCGACGUAAACGAGUACAAGACAGCCAUUGGGGUCAUUGCACGCAACGGAGCUCGACUUCCUCUACAUUACCCCACGUUCGCUGAGAUACCGGAGACGAAGAGACAGGGUGCAUGGAUGGAGGUUCAGAGUAACAGCGGAUUACCAGACUCAGCGGAGAAAGUGGUCUUGGCUGACCUAAGGGAAGUUUGGAGGCACUGGAAAUACAGCAUCAAAUCAACUUACUUCAAUCCAAUCGAGGACGAUGAAGAAGCACUGAAGAAGGUUCCCUCAAGCAGGAUUGUGCCCGAUCAGUGGCCGAAGUUGGUUGAGUAUUGGCGCGACGAGAAGGUGAAGCUUCAAUCCAAGAAAAAUGCGUCGAACGUAGCGAAAAGAAGCUUUCCACAUCGUACUGGGCGGAAGUCAUUCACGACUCUGGCAGAGGAGAUCAAGGCAAAGGGGAAGGACCCCGACAAUCUGGAGAUUUGGAUUUCCAGUCGCACACAAGGCAAGGGAAAGGAUGACCAAGAAACCGAGGAGAUAUUGAAUGAGCUAAACAAGGUUCCCCCUGAAGGGCGGACUCCCUCUGUUCGGGAGACUCUGUACCGACGGGCCCUUGGGGGAAAGAUUAAGAAGCGGUCAAAGGUCGACAGUGCGGCAACUUCAGCUCAUCCCCGCAGCGAGUCAUCUGGUUUAACAGACAGUGUAGCAUUCCAGCAUGGGUGGGAACAACUACAGAAUGGAAUGGAGGAGCUGAAGGCAAUGAUGGAUGAGUUCAAAACCAUCAAGGCUGAUGUGUAUGCAUUCAUGCACAGAAACUCCGGAGCGGUUACUGGCUAG